AUGGCGAAGGAACAGAAGCAGGAGAUGUCGGAGUAUGAUUCUGCGAGGGCCCCGGAUCCCGAGUCUGGCGUGGAUCAGGCCGUGUUAGGGCCGGCGUGGAUGUACAAGCCAAUCUUCAAACUGGGCAAAUGGGAGGCCCCGUACUUUGCCUCGCCCGAGUUCCAACUAUACCUGGUGUCGUUUGUCUGCUUCCUGUGUCCGGGCAUGUUCAAUGCUGUCAGUGGUCUCGGUGGCGGUGGCCAGGUCAACGCGACCGAUGUGAACAACUCCAACACUGCGCUCUACAGUACCUUUGCCGUCGUGGGCUUCUUCGCCGGCUCAAUUGCCAAUCGAAUUGGCCUGCGAUUGACCCUAUCGAUGGGCGGCUUGGGAUACUUCCUCUAUGUGGCCUCCCUCCUCUCCUACAAUAUCAACCAGAACUCCGGCUUCUUGAUCUUCGCUGGAGCUUUCCUCGGUGUCUGUGCGGGUCUCCUGUGGUGUGCGCAGGGUGCGGUGAUGCUGAGUUACCCCCAAGAACAUGAGAAGGGCAAGUAUAUUGCUGUGUUCUGGGUUAUUUUCAACCUGGGUGGUGUCAUUGGCAGUUUGGUUCCCCUCGGUCAAAACAUGCACUCCACCGCCGGUAGUGUCAACAAUGGCACCUACAUUGCCUUCCUGGUCCUCAUGGCCAUCGGCUUCGUGCUCUGUUGGUGUCUUGCCGAUUGCAAGUAUAUCAAGCGCAGAGACGGUUCCCGUGUGAUUGUGAUCAAGAAUCCAACCUGGAAGUCCGAGUUCGUCGGACUGUGGGAGACUCUGAUCAACGACUCAUACAUUAUCCUCAUGUUCCCCAUGUUCCUGGCCAGUAACUGGUUCUACGGAUAUCACUUCAACUCCGUCAACCUGGCCUAUUUCAAUGUCCGCACCCGCGCCCUGAACAGUCUGCUUUACUGGCUGAUGCAGAUGGUGGGUGCUUUCAUCUUCGGUCAGCUUCUGGAUCUGAAGUGUCUCUCGCGUCCCUGGCGUGCCAAGCUCAACUUUGGUAUUCUGCUGGCUGUCACCAUGGGUAUCUGGGGUGGUGGAUAUGCCUUCCAGAAGCAAUAUACUCGCGAAAGCGGUUCUAUUGAUACCGAUUUCACCGACAGUGGCUAUAUUGGACCUAUGUUCUUGUACAUGUUCUAUGGAUUCUACGAUGCUGCUUUCCAAACCUGUACCUACUGGUACAUGGGCUCUCUUUCCAACAAUGCCCGCAAGUUGGCCAACUUUGCUGGUUUCUACAAGGGUAUCCAGUCUGCCGGUGCUGCCGGCAUGUGGAGCAUGGAUGCCAAGAAAACUGCCUAUAUGACCGAAUUUGCCUCCUGCUGGGGUCUGCUCGUCGGCAGUAUGCUGGUUGCCUCUCCUGUAAUCUUCUUCAAGAUCAAGGAAAGUACCGCUGUCGAAGAUGACUUGCGAUUCUCCGACGAAACAGCCAAGGACGUCCUCGGCACUACCACUGAGUUGUCCGAGUUCGAGAAGCCUCAAACAGAGACACACACCCCCACUGAACUAUCCGAGUUCGAGAAGCCUCAAACACAGACACACACCCCCACUGAGACUCUCCGCGACUCCAACGAUGAGCCCACCCCCAAAGCCUGA